CCCGGUGGCCGCCCGGGUACACGGGAGGGGCCGGUAGACCUUGCUGCGUGUUUUGGAGCGCGCUACCCGGCGGGUGGCUUAUCGGCAACCAGAAGGGUCUUGGGAGCGGCGUCCAGCUCUCGCCAGGCCCGCGGGUAAAUACAGACCGUCGGGCUGUAGCCCCCGCCCGCCCAAAUCUCUAGGGCGAAGGGACCGCGCCUGCCUUCUAAUCUUGGCUGUCACUUCCGCGCCCGACACUUUCCUCCGGCGUACUAGCCUCCAGGCCCGCCCUCGCCCGCCCGUGUCCAGAGACCCUUGGACCGUGUAUAUCCUGGACAAAGCCGGAGGGUCAGAUUCGCCAACCGACUCCCCCGCCCCCGGGCUCCGACGUCCUGGCUGCGCCCGGAACCCCAGGCCCGCGGCCUCCGUUUCCGGCCGGCUCAGGCGCUCUGCGGCCCCAGCCCACGGAAGCAGACUCGGAGGGCCGAGAAACGGCCGGACUGGAGAUGGCGCCGCCGGCGGGCGGAGCGGUGGCGUCCUCGAACCCGGGCUCGGCAGCGGUGCUGCUCGCUGUGCACGCCACUGUGCGUCCGCUGGCAGCGGGGCCGGACGCCGAGGCGCAGCUGCGGAGGCUGCAGCUGAGCGCGGACCCCGAGCGGCCCGGGCGCUUCCGGCUGGAACUGCUAGGCGCGGGUCCCGGGGCGGUCAGUUUGGAGUGGCCCUUGGAGACAGUCUCCUACACCGUCCGAGGUCCCAGCCAGCAUGAGCUGCAGCCUCCACCAGGGGGGCCUGGGACCCUCAGCCUGCACUUCCCCAACCCUCUGGACGCUCAGCGGUGGGCAGCCCUGGUCCGAGGUGCCACCGUGGAGGGACAGAAUGGCAGCGACAGCCUGCCUCCAGCCCUGGGCCCAGAACCAUGCCCUGCUUCCCCCUCCGGGCCCUCUGAGGUGCACUCACCCAAGGCCUCCCAGCCCAAGAUGGAUGUUUCCUCGAGUCCCGGAAACUUGAUGGAGAAAGAAGAGCUGGCAGGGCGCCUGGCCCGGGCCAUUGAGGGUGGGGAUGAGAAGGGGGCAGCCCAAGCAGCAGCCAUGCUGGCCCAGCACCAUGUGGCCCUCAGUGUCCAGCUCCAGGAGAGCUGCUUCCCUCCCGGCCCCAUCAAGCUGCAGGUCACAGUUGAAGACGCCGCCUCCUCUGCCCACAUCUCGCUGCAAGUCUACCCCCACUGCACCAUCUCCUCCCUUCAGGAGCAGGUGUUCUCGGAGUUUGGCUUCCCGCCAGCGGUGCAGCGCUGGGUCAUCGGGAAGUGCCUGUGUGUGCCGGAGCGCAGCCUGGCUUCCUACGGGGUCCGGCAGGACCGGGACCCCGCUUUCCUCUACCUGCUCUCAGCCCCUCGAGAAGCUCCAGGGCGCAGCCCGCAGCACCCCCAGAAGAUGGAUGGGGGGCUAGGCCGCCGCCUGUUUCCUCAGUCACUGGGGCUGCCCCGAGCCCCGCAGCCAGCCAGCUCCAGCCUGCCCAGCCCCCUUCAGUCUGGCUGGCCCUGCCCUUCCUGCACCUUCAUCAACGUCCCGAGCCGGCCUGGCUGUGAGAUGUGUAGCACUCAGAGGCCCUGCGCUUGGGACCCCCUUCCUGCAGCCUCCACCCAGCAGUCACUAAUGGUCACAAGGGGAGAGGAUGGCCCUUCACUUCCAGGCCCGAGGUCCCUGGACACCCUCCUGAACCUCUCAGGGGACCUCCGCUGACUGCUCCUUGGGGGCAGAGCCAGAGUCAUUAAAGACACUUUUU